UGUUAUUGCCAAUGUCCUUUAUUAAAGUCGUUGUUUUCUUACACCUAGAUUCAGUCCAUACUAUCGUACAAAGAAAGGCUUCACUCUGGACUCGCGCACCUUCACCAACCUCAUAAACCCCCUUGUACCCUUCUGUCCCUUCGCCCUCCACGGGAUCUGCAGCGACCCCGAGUGUCCCCAUCAACACCCAGACGAGGUCGUACCUGAAGAUAAACAAAUCCUGGAAGACCUCGGCGCUUAUUUUGCGAGCGCGGGAAAAAAGCUCGGCGGCAAUGAUGACGUCACCGAUGACAUCAUCAAGUCUAUCACACGGACAAUAGACGCGGUUACAAAGCAAUAUGGCGACAAAGUUUCCCCGGCUGAAUUGAGAGUUCUGUUCGUGAAUUAUUUGAGAAAGCAGAAGUCUGCGGGGAUUUUUAAUAUAGUACUUGAUCGUAGACGAUGGAGGCCAAUUUCCCAUACGAAGAAGGAUCCCGGAACAAGUGCUCCCGGAACAAAUGCUCCUGGCGACGAAUACCCCAUCGUUCAGACUGAGAAGACGUUCAGUUGGAAGAGUUGGCGAAGAAAGAUUGAGAAUGAGAUUAAGACGCGGUCAGUGGACCGGGACGAAUGGUAAGUACUUUGUUCACGUGAUAAACACGUCAAAACGCGCAAGUCGAUAUCAGGAUGUGUUCGCACUGCUUGUUCCCAGUUGUUGCGACAAGUCUGGAACAAGUUGUUAUCACCUUGUUACAAGGUUGAUGACGGUAACAGACUUGCUACAAGUUGUUCCAACAAGCCUAACACAGGCUGUUCGUAACAAGUUGCUACGAGCUUGUUGUCAUCAACGUGUUACGUGCAGACGAUAUCAGACUUGUUGGAACAACUUGUUACGUGCAGACGAUAUCAGACUUGUUGGAACAACUUGUUGCGAGUCUGUUGGCUUCGUCAACCUUGUUACAAGAUGAUAACAACUUGUUCCAGACUUGGCAACAACUGGGAACAAGCAGUGCGAACACAUCCUCUUGUUGACGAGCUGUACGAUUUUAACAAAUCUGUCGAGUCAUCAACCUUGUAACAAAUCUGUUGAGUCAUCAACCUUCUAACAAAUCUGUUGAGUCAUCAACCUUGUUACAUGUCUGUUGAGUCAUCAACCUUGUAACAAGUCUGUCGAGUCAUCAACCUUGUAACAAGUCUGUUGAAUCAUCAACCUUGUAACAAGUCUGUUGAAUCAUCAACCUUGUAACAAGUCUGUUCAGUCAUCAACCUUGUAACAAGUCUGUUGAUUCAUCAACCUUGUAACAAGUCUGUUGAUUCAUCAACCUUGUAACAAGUCUGUUGAUUCAUCAACCUUGUAACAAGUCUGUUGAGUCAUCAACCUUGUAACAAGUCUGUUGAGUCAUCAACCUUGUAACAAGUCUGUUCAGUCAUCAACCUUGUAACAAGUCUGUUCAGUCAUCAACCUUGUAUCAAGUCUGUUGAAUCAUCAACCUUGUAACAAGUCUGUUGAUUCAUCAACCUUGUAACAAGUCUGUUGAUUCAUCAACCUUGUAACAAGUCUGUUGAUUCAUCAACCUUGUAACAAGUCUGUUGAUUCAUCAACCUUGUAACAAGUCUGUUGAGUCAUCAACCUUGUAACAAGUCUGUUGAUUCAUCAACCUUGUAACAAGUCUGUUGAGUCGUCAACCUUGUAACAAGUCUGUUGAGUCGUCAACCUUGUAACAAGUCUGUUAUUAAAAGUCAUCAAUCUUGGAACAAGUCUCUUCAGUCAUCAACCUUGUAACAUGUCUGUUGAGUCAUCAACCUUGUAACAAGUCUGUUCAGUCAUCAACCUUGUAACAAGUCUGUUCAGUCAACAACCUUGUAACAAGUCUGUUUAGUCAUCAACCUUGUAACAAGUCUGUUCAGUCAACCUUGUAACACGUCUGUUCAGUCAACAAUCUUGUAACAAGUUUGCUCAGUCAACAAUCUUGUAACAAGUCUGUUCAGUCAUCAACCUUGUAACAAAUCUGUUGAGUCAUCAACCUUGAAACAAGUCUAUUGAGUCAACAAUCUUGUAACAAGUCUGUUCAGUCAUCAACCUUGUAACAAGUUUGUUCAGUCAACAACCUUGUAACAAGUCUGUUGUGUCAUCAACAUUGAAACAAGUCUAUUGAGUCAUCAACCAUGUAACAAGUCUGUUCGGUCAUCAACCUUGUAACAAGUCUGUUCAGUCAUCAACCUUAUACCAAGUCUGUUGAUUCAUCAACUUUGUAACAAGUCUGUUCAGUCAACAACUUGUAACAAGUCUGUUCAGUCAUCAACCUUGUAACAAGUCUUUUCACUCAUCAAUUUUGUAACAAGUCUGUUCACUCAUCAACCUUGUAACAAGUCUGUUCACUCAUCAACCUUCUAACAAGUCGGUUGAGUCAUCAACCUUGUAACAAGUCUGUUGAUUCAUCAACCUUGUAACAAGUCUGUUGAGUCAUCAACCUUGUAACAAGUCUGUUGAUUCAUCAACCUUGUAACAAGUCUGUUCAGUCAUCAACCUUGUAACAAGUCUGUUCAGUCAUCAACCUUGUAACAAGUCUGUUCAGUCAUCAACCUUGUAACAAGUCUCUUGAGUCAUCAACCUUGUAACAAGUCUGUUCAGUCAUCAACCUUGUAACAAGUCUGUUCAGUCAUCAACCUUGUAACAAGUCUGUUGAUUCAUCAACCUUGUAACAAGUCUGUUCAGUCAUCAACCUUGUAACAAGUCUGUUGAGUCAUCAACCUUGUAACAAGUCUGUUGAGUCAUCAACCUUGUAACAAGUCUGUUGAUGUCAUCAACCUUGUAACAAGUCUGUUCAGUCAUCAACCUUGUAACAAGUCUGUUGAUUCAUCAACCUUGUAACAAAUCUGUUCGGUCAUCAACCUUGUAACAAGUCUGUUCAGUCGUCAACCUUGUAACACGUCUAUUGAGUCAUCAACCUUGUAACAAGUCUGUUGAGUCAUCAACAUUGUAACAAGUCUGUUCAGUCAUCAAUCUUGUAACAAGUCUGUUCAGUCAUCAACCUUGUAACAAGUCUGUUCAGUCACCAACCUUGUAACAAGUCUGUUCAGUCAACAACCUUGUAACACGUCUGUUCAGUCAACAAUUUUGUAACAAGUCAAUUCAGUCAACAACUUUGUAACAAGUCUGUUCAGUCAUCAACCUUGUAACAAGUCUGUUGAUUCAUCAACCUUGUAACAAAUCUGUUCGGUCAUCAACCUUGUAACAAGUCUGUUCAGUCGUCAACCUUGUAACACGUCUAUUGAGUCAUCAACCUUGUAACAAGUCUGUUGAGUCAUCAACAUUGUAACAAGUCUGUUCAGUCAUCAAUCUUGUAACAAGUCUGUUCAGUCAUCAACCUUGUAACAAGUCUGUUCAGUCACCAACCUUGUAACAAGUCUGUUCAGUCAACAACCUUGUAACACGUCUGUUCAGUCAACAAUUUUGUAACAAGUCAAUUCAGUCAACAACUUUGUAACAAGUCUGUUCAGUCAUCAACCUUGUAACAAGUCUGUUGAUUCAUCAACCUUGUAACAAAUCUGUUCGGUCAUCAACCUUGUAACAAGUCUGUUCAGUCGUCAACCUUGUAACACGUCUAUUGAGUCAUCAACCUUGUAACAAGUCUGUUGAGUCAUCAACAUUGUAACAAGUCUGUUCAGUCAUCAAUCUUGUAACAAGUCUGUUCAGUCAUCAACCUUGUAACAAGUCUGUUCAGUCAUCAACCUUGUAACAAGUCUGUUGAGUCAUCAACCUUGUAACAAGUCUGUUCAGUCAUCAACCUUGUAACAAGUCUGUUCAGUCAAUCCUUGUAACAAGUCUGUUCAGUCAUCAACUUGUAACAAGUUGUAUCACAACUUGUAACAAGUCUGUUCAGUCAUCAACCUUGUAACAAAUCUGUUGAGUCAUCAACCUUGAAACAAGUCUAUUGAGUCAACAAUCUUGUAACAAGUCUGUUCAGUCAUCAACCUUGUAACAAGUUUGUUCAGUCAACAACCUUGUAACAAGUCUGUUGUGUCAUCAACAUUGAAACAAGUCUAUUGAGUCAUCAACCAUGUAACAAGUCUGUUCAGUCAUCAACCUUGUAACAAGUCUGUUGAUUCAUCAACCUUGUAACAAGUCUGUUGAUUCAUCAACCUUGUAACAAGUCUGUUGAGUCAUCAACAUUGUAACAAGUCUGUUCAGUCAUCAAUCUUGUAACAAGUCUGUUCAGUCAUCAACCUUGUAACAAGUCUGUUCAGUCAACCUUGUAACACGUCUGUUCAGUCAACAAUCUUGUAACAAGUUUGCUCAGUCAACAAUCUUGUAACAAGUCUGUUCAGUCAUCAACCUUGUAACAAAUCUGUUGAGUCAUCAACCUUGAAACAAGUCUAUUGAGUCAACAAUCUUGUAACAAGUCUGUUCAGUCAUCAACCUUGUAACAAGUUUGUUCAGUCAACAACCUUGUAACAAGUCUGUUGUGUCAUCAACAUUGAAACAAGUCUAUUGAGUCAUCAACCAUGUAACAAGUCUGUUCGGUCAUCAACCUUGUAACAAGUCUGUUCAGUCAUCAACCUUAUACCAAGUCUGUUGAUUCAUCAACUUUGUAACAAGUCUGUUCAGUCAACAACUUGUAACAAGUCUGUUCAGUCAUCAACCUUGUAACAAGUCUUUUCACUCAUCAAUUUUGUAACAAGUCUGUUCACUCAUCAACCUUGUAACAAGUCUGUUCACUCAUCAACCUUCUAACAAGUCGGUUGAGUCAUCAACCUUGUAACAAGUCUGUUGAUUCAUCAACCUUGUAACAAGUGUGUUGAAUCAUCAACCUUAUAACAAGUCUGUUAAGUCAUCAACCUUGUAACAAGUCUGUUGAGUCAUCAUCCUUAUAACAAGUCUGUUAAGUCAUCAACCUUGUAACAAGUCUGUUCAGUCAUCAACCUUGUAACAAGUCUGUUCAGUCAUCAACCUUGUAACAAGUCUGUUCAGUCAUCAACCUUGUAACAAGUCUGUUGAUUCAUCAACCUUGUAACAAGUCUGUUCAGUCAUCAACCUUGUAACAAGUCUGUUGAUUCAUCAACCUUGUAACAAGUCUGUUGAAUCAUCAACCUUGUUACAUGUCUGUUGAGUCAUCAACCUUGUAACAAGUAUGUUUAUUCAUCAACCUUGUACCAAGUCUGUUCAGUCGUCAACCUUGUAACAAGUCAGUCAUCAACCUUGUAACAAGUCUGUUCAGUCAACAACCUUGUAACAAGUCUGUUGAGUCAUCAACCUUGAAACAAGUCUAUUCAGUCAUCAACCUUGUAACAAGUCUGUUCAGUCAUCAACCUUGUAACAAGUCUGUUCAGUCAUCAACCUUGUAACAAGUCUCUUGAGUCAUCAACCUUGUAACAAGUCUGUUCAGUCAUCAACCUUGUAACAAGUCUGUUGAUUCAUCAACCUUGUAACAAAUCUGUUCGGUCAUCAACCUUGUAACAAGUCUGUUCAGUCGUCAACCUUGUAACACGUCUAUUGAGUCAUCAACCUUGUAACAAGUCUGUUGAGUCAUCAACAUUGUAACAAGUCUGUUCAGUCAUCAAUCUUGUAACAAGUCUGUUCAGUCAUCAACCUUGUAACAAGUCUGUUCAGUCACCAACCUUGUAACAAGUCUGUUCAGUCAACAACCUUGUAACACGUCUGUUCAGUCAACAAUUUUGUAACAAGUCAAUUCAGUCAACAACUUUGUAACAAGUCUGUUCAGUCAUCAACCUUGUAACAAGUCUGUUGAUUCAUCAACCUUGUAACAAAUCUGUUCGGUCAUCAACCUUGUAACAAGUCUGUUCAGUCGUCAACCUUGUAACACGUCUAUUGAGUCAUCAACCUUGUAACAAGUCUGUUGAGUCAUCAACAUUGUAACAAGUCUGUUCAGUCAUCAAUCUUGUAACAAGUCUGUUCAGUCAUCAACCUUGUAACAAGUCUGUUCAGUCACCAACCUUGUAACAAGUCUGUUCAGUCAACAACCUUGUAACACGUCUGUUCAGUCAACAAUUUUGUAACAAGUCAAUUCAGUCAACAACUUUGUAACAAGUCUGUUCAGUCAUCAACCUUGUAACAAGUCUGUUGAUUCAUCAACCUUGUAACAAAUCUGUUCAGUCAUCAACCUUGUAACAAGUCUGUUCAGUCAUCAACCUUGUAACAAGUCUAUUCAGUCAUCAACCUUGUAACAAGUCUCUUGAGUCAUCAACAUUGUAACAAGUCUGUUCAGUCAUCAACCUUGUAACAAGUCUGUUCAGUCAUCAACCUUGUAACAAGUCUGUUCAGUCACCAACCUUGUAACAAGUCUGUUCAGUCAACAACCUUGUAACAAGUCUGUUCAGUCAACAACCUUGUAACAAGUCUGUUCAGUCAUCAAUCUUGUAACAAGUCUGUUCAGUCAUCAACCUUGUAACAAGUCUGUUCAGUCACCAACCUUGUAACAAGUCUGUUCAGUCAUCAACCUUGUAACACGUCUGUUCAGUCAACAAUCUUGUAACAAGUCUGUUGAGUCAUCAACCUUGUAACAAGUCUGUUGAGUCAUCAACAUUGUAACAAGUCUGUUCAGUCAUCAAUCUUGUAACAAGUCUGUUCAGUCAACAACCUUGUAACAAGUCUGUUGAGUCAUCAACAUUGUGACAAGUUUGUUCAGUCAUCAACCUUGUAACAAGUCUGUUCAGUCAACAACCUUGUAACAAGUCUGUUCAGUCAUCAACCUUGUAACAAGUCUGUUCAGUCAACCUUGUAACACGUCUGUUCAGUCAACAAUCUUGUAACAAGUUUGCUCAGUCAACAAUCUUGUAACAAGUCUGUUCAGUCAUCAACCUUGUAACAAAUCUGUUGAGUCAUCAACCUUGAAACAAGUCUAUUGAGUCAACAAUCUUGUAACAAGUCUGUUCAGUCAUCAACCUUGUAACAAGUUUGUUCAGUCAACAACCUUGUAACAAGUCUGUUGUGUCAUCAACAUUGAAACAAGUCUAUUGAGUCAUCAACCAUGUAACAAGUCUGUUCGGUCAUCAACCUUGUAACAAGUCUGUUCAGUCAUCAACCUUAUACCAAGUCUGUUGAUUCAUCAACUUUGUAACAAGUCUGUUCAGUCAACAACUUGUAACAAGUCUGUUCAGUCAUCAACCUUGUAACAAGUCUUUUCACUCAUCAAUUUUGUAACAAGUCUGUUCACUCAUCAACCUUGUAACAAGUCUGUUCACUCAUCAACCUUCUAACAAGUCUGUUGAUUCAUCAACCUUGUAACAAGUCUGUUGAUUCAUCAACCUUAUAACAAGUGUGUUGAAUCAUCAACCUUAUAACAAGUCUGUUAAGUCAUCAACCUUGUAACAAGUCUGUUGAGUCAUCAUCCUUAUAACAAGUCUGUUAAGUCAUCAACCUUGUAACAAGUUUGUUGAGUCAUCAUCCUUGUAACAAGUCUGUUCAGUCAUCAACCUUGUAACAAGUCUGUUCAGUCAUCAACCUUGUAACAAGUCUGUUCAGUCAUCAACCUUGUAACAAGUCUGUUCAGUCAUCAACCUUGUAACAAGUCUGUUGAGUCAUCAACCUUGUAACAAGUCUGUUGAGUCAUCAACCUUGUAACAAGUCUGUUCAGUCAUCAACCUUGUAACAAGUCUGUUCAGUCAUCAACCUUGUAACAAAUCUGUUCAGUCAACAACCUUGUAACACGUCUGUUCAGUCAACAAUCUUGUAACAAGUCUGUUCAAUCAUCAACCUUGUAACAAGUCUGUUCAGUCAUCAACCUUGUAACAAGUCUGUUCAGUCAUCAACCUUGUAACAAGUCUCUUGAGUCAUCAACCUUGUAACAAGUCUGUUCAGUCAUCAACCUUGUAACAAGUCUGUUGAUUCAUCAACCUUGUAACAAGUCUGUUCAGUCAUCAACCUUGUAACAAGUCUGUUGAAUCAUCAACCUUGUAACAAGUCUGUUGAUUCAUCAACCUUGUAACAAGUCUGUUGAGUCAUCAACAUUGUAACAAGUCUGUUCAGUCAUCAACAUUGUAACAAGUCUGUUGAAUCAUCAACCUUGUAACAAGUCUGUUGAUAUCGUCCUGCGGUUCAACAAUUUGUCAACAAAGUGUGAGUGACAACCUUGUAGCAACUUGUUAAAAUAACAGCAUUGUUUCAACUUGUUGACAUGUUUGCUACAAGCCUGUCGCGAACACAUCUUGUUGACAAGUUGUGAGAUUUGUAGAUGUGUACAGCAAGUAUUUUGAGUGAUAUAUUUCACGUUUCAGCCAAGAAAUCCGUUACUUCUCGGAAAACUACGACAGUGUUAAAACGUUGGAAAAAGGAACACAAGAGAAUCCCUCUGAUGAAAGUUUAUGGAUUCGCCUUGCUACGGUUCACAUGGGAUCGAAUAGGACAGAGGGGGAUAAGAAUAAUAACAGCAGGAAGAAUGUGGAUAGAGCUCUCAACACUCUUGCGCAGGCGUUAGAAUAUAAUCGCCAUUCUGAGGUUAGUAUAUGGAAAAUACUUUGAACUUAUGUUACGUAACACGCGCUCAAGACUAAUGAAUACUCUUUUCCACUUGAUUAUCACUAUAUUCAAUUUUUUUAUACGUUUCUUAAGCGGCAAACAAACUUAAAAAGUAUGUUUAGUACUUUUACUGCUUUAUCUGUAAAAUUAUGCUAAAAUGAAGAGAUUUUAGAUGGUAUGCCAAAGAGAAAAUGAUGUCUGAAGUUCAGUAAGUUUUGCUUAUAUUGCUGCAUAAAUAUGGCGUCAAUUUUACAGCAUCAAUGAUAAUUGUAUUUAAAUUGACAAUAUUUAACUAUUAUUUUGUGUUUCUCAACCGCCAGAUGCAUUUUCAAACGGUUGCUAACUGUUUAACUACAAAAUAAAGCUAAAAAAUUUUGAGAGGAACGCCAAAAGAUUUUAGGUUUUGAACACUUUUCAUACAAAUACGCGACAUUAAAAGAAAUUGCCUGUUAAAAACACGCUUUAUUCGAAAAACACGCUUAAAUAGACAAUUCCCAUUACAGACUAAUUUUAAAACAAGGCAAGUAGACUCAAAUAAACCAAAACAGCUAAAAAAGGCAUACUAAAAUUAGCAAGUGUGCAAAGUUUGGUUGCGAAAUGUUGUAAAAUGCGGAAAAUAUAGCCUUGCAAAGUUCGCAUAUUUUGUAUACUUUUGUAUUGCGUGCGGAAUUCCUCCCACAUUCCUACCACAUUUUGGCCGAAAAUGGUCGCACGCAAUACAAAAGUAUACAAAAUUUGCGAAAUUUACAAGGCUAUAUUUUCCGCAUUUUACAACAUUUCGCAACCAAACUUUGCAAAUUUACUAAUUUCAGUAUGCUCUUUCUAGCUGUGGUAAUUUAUUUGCAUCUCCUUCCCUAGUUUGAAAAUUAGUCUAUAAUGGGAAUUGUCUAUUGACAUGAACUUUUAGCUCAUUUUUCCUCAUAAAAACUUUUAAACUAUUUCAGAAAUUAUGGUUAAAAUACUUGGACGUCUUUCGUCAGCGAGCCAGUACAGAUGAACUACACGAAGUAUGUGAGGAAGCUGUCGAACUCGCGCGCUCGUAUAAGGUUUGGUGGGCAUAUAUAGACAUCGCUUCUGACUAUGAACGCAAAACGAACGUUUGUUUGAAAUGUAUCGAGUUUCUAGUACUAUCAGACACCGAAAUGGGUCUCAAGUCUCAUCGUUUGUUGGAAAUAUUCUUGUAUCUAAUACAGUUAGAUUUACAUUGUGACUUUUUUAAAGUGGCUUUGAAUCGCUUUCGAGUCGCUCUCAAUUGCGUGGAUGGCCCGCGAGACACUCGCGAGAUUCUCGCAUUCCUCGCGGAGAACACGAUUUGCGAAGAUUUGUGUUCGCUAUGGUUGAGUUAUAUUCAUCUCGUGGAAUUUUCUUGUCUCCCGCGCGAGUUUUACGAUCCCGCUCGUACUGGUCCCGCGAGAAUUGUACGCAAGGAUGGCGUGGUGUUGCCGUGGAAACCAGGUGCUGGUACACGUCAUGGAUCUGCAGAGUUGUUAAAGCUCUUUCAUCGUAAGUCAAAGAAAACUAAACUAACUUUAUUUAUACGGGAUAGCUCUAUUAGUUCUAAACUGUUCUUCCUAGAGAUCCAGUAAGGAUCAUCUCUUAUUGAUCCAGUGUUACUACAGGAGGAAACCUAAACUAAACUAACUUUAUUUAUACUGGAUAACUCUAUCAGUUCUAAUCUGUUCUUCCCAGAGGUCCAGUAAGGAUCAUCUCUUAUUGAUCCAGUGUUACUACAGGAGGAAACCUAAACUAAACUAACUUUAUUUAUACUGGAUAGCUCUAUCAGUUCUAAACUGUUCUUCCUAGAGGUCCAGUAAGGAUCAUCUCUUAUUGAUCCAGUGUUACUACAGGAGGAAACCUAAACUAAACUAACUUCAUUUAUACUGGAUAGCUCUAUCAGUUCUAAACUGUUCUUCCUAGAGGUCCAGUAAGGAUCAUCUCUUAUUGAUCCAGUGUUACUACAGGAGGAAACCUAAACUAAACUAACUUUAUUUAUACUGGAUAGCUCUAUCAGUUCUAAACUGUUCUCCCUAGAGGUCCAGUAAGGAUCAUCUCUUAUUGAUCCAGUGUUACUACAGGAGGAAACCUAAACUAAACUAACUUUAUUUAUACUGGAUAGCUCUAUCAGUUCUAAACUGUUCUUCGUAGAGGUCCAGUAAGGAUCAUCUCUUAUUGAUCCAGUGUUACUACAGGAGGAAACUUAAACUAAACUAACUUUAUUUAUACUGGAUAGCUCUAUCAGUUCUAAACUGUUCUUCCUAGAGGUCCAGUAAGGAUCAUCUCUUAUUGAUCCAGUGUUACUACAGGAGGAAACCUAAACUAAACUAACUUUAUUUAUACUGGAUAGCUCUAUCAGUUCUAAACUGUUCUCCCUAGAGGUCUGGUAAGGAUAAUCACAAACACUACAUUCUUAUAUUCUUUUGUCAGGCGCUCUAAAGGAGUGUGCUUCUGUGUCGAACUCGCAAGACAAAGUCUCGCCGGUGUUUUCGCUGUACAAGAACCUAAUCGCGCUCGAGAGGGCAUGUGGAAAGGACGCGUCUUCAGUACGUACAUGUCAGCGGUUGCUAAAGGCCUCCCCGAAGAAGAUCGAACUUUGGUUAUGUAUGUCUGCGUUACAGCAAGUCAGCGGUCAGGAAGAUGGCGCGGUGAAUGUUUAUAAGAAGGCGUUGGAAACGUGUAAUGGACAUGCGCAGAUUGCUUAUUGUGCUGCCAAGUACUUCAUACAGACGGUAUUCCUUACUUUUCUUUUCCUGUUCAUUUUAAGAGGAGAAUAUUUUGUAUGUUACGUCACACGCGCUCAUUGAAUAUUUCUUUCCGCUUGGUUAUGACUAUAUUCAAAUUUUUCAAUUUUUGAUACGUUUCUGAAGCGGCAAACAAACUUAAAAAGUAUGUUUAGUGCUUUAUCUGUAAAAUAAUGCUAAAAUGAAGAGAUUUUAGAUGGUACGCCAAAGAGAAAAUGAUGUCUGAAGUUCAGUAAUUUUUGCUUAUAUUGCUGUAUAAAAUAUGGCGUCAAUUUUACAGCGUCAAUGAUAUUUGUAUUUAAAUCGACAAUAUUUAACUAUUAUUUUGUGUUUCUCAACCGCCAGAUACAUUUAAAAAGUUUGCUAACUGUUUAAACUACAAAAUAAAGCCAAAAACAAAGUAGUUUUGAGAAGAACGCUAAAAAAGAUUUUAGCUUUUGAACACUUCUCAUCGCGAAUACAUGACAUUGAAAAUAUUGUACACUUAUUGUCUGCUCCCGAGGGAAACAGUUUGUUUUGUUUUCCCGAGAGUCUCAAUGUUUCCCGAGAGGAAGUCGAGGGAAACAUUUACAGAUUCGAGGGAAAACAAAACUAACUAUUUAAUCAACAUUCAACAACAUUCAUACAACAAUUGUAUUUCGUGACAAAAACCCUAUAGUGUCAACGAGUUUAAAAUUAAAAGAACCUACUUAAACGGUUUCAGCAGCAUAUCCCGUUGCCUGUUGUGUAGUUUUCUUUUACAUUCUUUAUUUGAACACAAACGUGGAAAAUCGUAGUUUCUAAUUAUGCUAGUUGUGCCGCCAUUUUGUUUUUUUAUGUACGUGGCCGGUCGGGGCGGGCAACAAUUGUUCACUUGUUGCCCGGCGGGAUACAUUGCAUUUAUCUGGAGUCACGAGACCACAAAUCAGCCAAUCACGUUCGGUGUUCACCCUAGCUAUAUAACAAUGCUUCUUAGUAUUUAAUUGCUUAUUAUUCUUUCUAGCAAAACCGUGAUGAAUGUUACGAAGCCUUGACAAAAUGUGUUUACAGUAAAUUUAUUCUCGAAGUUCCAAGCUCCGGUCCAAAAACCCGAGCAAGGUCACAUGACCAGCCUACCAUACUCCGGCCAAGUCCUGGACUGCUGUACAAAAAGCUUUUGUCGCAGACUUUGCCACUGGACUCUACAGUACCGUCAGCUAAACCUGGAGUGCGUCCUGGUAAUUUGGGAGCCGAAGAAACGUACAUUUGGCUUUGCUACUGGUAAGUGGAAUAUUCAGUUACCUCUAGGGGGACAAUUUUGAAGUGAUAGAGCUAUCCAUUAGGAUAAACCUCUCAAAAGUUAGUCGGGUCUUGCAAUGAUGUUGAAAACGAAUUACUUCACCUGACGCUUCAAGCUGAAGAAAAGCGCUAACCUCUGAGCAAUGACCUUGACAUAACUAGACUAUUCACAUUGGAUAGCUCUAUCAGUUCUAAACUGUUCUCCCUAGAGGUCCAGUAAGGAUCCUCUCUUAUUGAUCCAGUGUCACUACAGGAGGAAACCUAAACUAAACGAACUUUAUUUAUACUGGAUAGCUUCUAUCAGUUCUAAACUGUUCUCCCUAGAGGUCCAGUAAGGAUCAUCCCUUAUUGAUCCAGUGUUACUACAGGAGGAAACCUAAACUAAACUAACUUUAUUUAUACUGAAUAGCUCUAUCAGUUCUAAACUGUUCUUCCUAGAGGUCUAGUAUAGAUCAUCUCUUAUUGAUCCAGUGUUACUACAGGAGGAAACCUAAACUAAACUAACUUUAUUUAUACUGGAUAGUUUUAUCAUUUCUAAAUUGUUGAGAUUUAUCUUUUUUUAGCAUGUUUAUCGAAUUAUUCUCGGACAAAGAGCCCACAAAGCGACAUUCGCUGACACAAGCAAGCUACGAGAGUGCUAUCUACAGUACAGGCGACAGACAUGAAGUAAAGACUCUCUGGAUAGAAUAUAUCUACUACAUGGUUCGCGUGCUCAAGGAGAAGCUUUGUAAAUCGGAAGAACUUCAUGAUAUAUUUCAUAAAUGUCUCACCACCGUGCCCGCCGUCACUCCAGUCCUUAAUAUAUCGUCCAGAUCGUGGUCGGAUUACAAUUUUCAUAAUGAGGUAAUGGAUAAAACCUCGCUGAUUUAUAUGUUGUUUUGUGUCUUGAUAGUUUAUUGCUAACCAGUUGACCACUUGCGUAAUAGACUAAAUUUUGAUCUCAAGAAGUCUAGACAAAAAUUUCAUUACAGCUUUAAAGAGCAUCACAAAAUUAGUAAUAUUCCAAAGUUUAGUUGUGAAAUGUUGUAAAAUGCGGAUAAUAUAGCCCUGCGAAGUUUGCCGUUUUUCAGUCAUUUUGUAUUGCAAACGGGAAAUUGACAGCCCCAAAGGGUAUUGGUCUGUCAAUUGCCCCCGCGUAAUGCAAAAUGACUGAAAAACGGCAAACUUCGCAAGGCUAUAUUAUCCGCAUUUUACAACAUAUCGCAAUGAAACUUUGGAAUAUUACUAAUUUUGUGAUGCUCUUUCAAGCUGUGAUGAAAUUUGUGUCUAGACUUGUUGAGAUCAAAAUUUUGUCUAUUAGGCAAGUGGUCAAUUGAGUCGCAUGCAUAUAUAAGGAACUGGUCAUUAUUUACGGCAGGGGGGGGGGGCACCGAAGAGAAAAGGGUUGGGUAAACAAAAUUUUGAGUGAGUAAAAGGUUGGGUAAAUGAAAAACAAAACAACUCAAGGGUUUGGGUAAUAAAAAUUUAUUGUCAUGACUCACUCAAAUAUUGAAGACUAAAAAGCAAUAUCAACAGUCAUAUGUCAAUACAAUAUAUAAAUCAAUCAGAGUCGCUAUCUUGAUCAUUUUCCGAUUUGUCAGGAGACAAAUGGUAUCUCCAAAGAAAGUACAUGUGCAGACAACACGAAACUGUAGACUGCAGAAAAUUACACAAGCAGUUAUCAAACUCGUGUCACAGAAGUGGUAAAGGACAUGUGUGACAACUGAAUGGUAUCCUUUUGUAAAGUUUUUGGCCAGGGGUGGGUAUUUAUUUCUUGAUAAAUAUUUGGGUUGGGGAACAUUUCUCUUCGUUGCCGCUCCUCCCCCUCCCCCCCGUAAUGGUUCUUUAACUAGGCAUGUGACUUCGCUGAUAAUGUGAAUUGAGUGGUUUGGUCUACUUCGAUCAUGUAAAUCCGUCUGUAUUUUCUAGGUUCUGGGUUUAUACCGGCGCUGUUUGGGAGAUGCGUUCUCAUCAAAUGUCUACGAGAAAUAUCUCGAAAUGUUUCCGGAUAACUCGAUACUGGCAAUACAGUAAUGUGAUGGAUAAUCUGUUUCAAUUUAUUAUUUUUUGUUUCUCUUUUAAACUCGUAUAGAGACGAUCCUUAACCAUACAAUAUUUUUAUUUUUCUACACUCGACUGGGUCUUGACACUAAACGGAGCAAAAUGUACUUGAUAAACUCUAUUAGUUUUCAGGCUCUAAAAUAUCAGUCAGAGAACCGAUAACAUUGAGUUUGGGUCAGACAUAUGUAUUGUGAUGUCCGAUGACUUUGAGUUCAGUUUGGCUUGGAAAUAAGUAUGAAUGCAGACACGAAUUAAUACCAGCACAAUUUGGAAAAGUCAUUUGAAUCUUGGCAAUGAAUUUCGGAACCCCACAGUGAAAACCCCGCACUUGAUUAGACACAUACAUUACUCUGAUUCUCCAUUUAACAUACGAGCCUCUAGUCCUGGACUAGGGUACAUUUUGAUUGACGUUGGACAAAGUUAAGUUAGAUCGGACACCAAUUCACUCCGGUCAGACAAACAAUAAACCUCAGUUUCAUUUAGGUCGGAUAGAAUGUCCAGUGGUUUCCUCUCUACGUCGGACAAUUUCACGAAUGGAUUGGACAUUGUCUAUGACAGACCGAUAUUUUAAGGCCAGAGUUUUGAGCUGUUCUUAAUGGAGAUACAAUAAAGGCCAUCCUUUAUUGAUGCAGUGUUACUGCAGAAGCGAAUUAGAGUACUCGGGGAAAACGUUUAACCAAAGAUCGUCUUACCAAAAUAUUGUAUGGUUAUUGAAAAUUGUUUCCCUCUUUGCCCCCCCCCCAUCACACACUAACAUUGCGGAUUUCUGCGAUUCACCGUGUUUUAUAGAGCUGUAGAACAUUUAUAUGAGAACAGAGAGCUGGACAAAGCAAGAAAGAUCCUGUCGGGAAUUUUAUUAAAGACACCAUACUGUUUGGACUUGUGGAAAAUGUACUGUUGAAAUUUGAAAUUUUUAAUUACCAUUAACAACCAUUAGCAAUGCUGUUCCAACAAGUUGUCGACGGCUUGUUGACAAUUUGCUACGAGCUUGUUGAGCUCGACAGACUUGUUACAUUAAGUUGUUCCAACAACUUGUUAUCGUCCUGCACUUCAACAAUUUGUCAACAAGUUGCGAGUGACAACCUUGUAGCAACUUGAUGAAAUAACAGCAUUGUUAGAACUUGCUGACAAGCUUGCCACAAGCAAAGUUGUGAGAUUUUUAACUGUGUUUUAUUUGAACUACAGUCUGUUUUUCUAUGAUCUGAAAUCAUUCCCAAAUAUCUUUUUCAAAAUACAGAGCGAUUUCCAUCGAACUCAAGGAAGAAAACUUUGAUCAGGUAUAUUUGUAGAAACAAUCUUAAUUUCUCUUUGAUGAGCGUUUUCGUGUUGAAAAAGUUUUUUUCUUUACGUGUUAGGCACGACAAUUAUUUGAACAUGCCACGGAAGCCCUACCUUUGGCCGCAUCGUUAUGGAAAGAUGUAAAAUUAACUUUUUGUUGUAUAAGUAUAUUUGUUUUGUUUUUUUACACAGACGCGCUAUAUGUCCCAAAAAAACCACCAAAGCUAUUGGAAUAACGUAUUGUUAGAAAUGUCUUAGCACUCUGCGGAACUCACAUGAAGUGCAUAAAAGCUUGACAUAUAAGUAAAUUUUAUGUAUAAAGAAACUGUUUAAGAAUCUGCUUUAAAUUCCCAAGAGCAGAAAAUCGUGCGCUUUACAAAGAUAUUUUAAUUUCUUAAUAAGUCAAUAUUUAUAAUAUAUGCAUGCAUGCAUGCAACCUGUCAAUAUUUUACGCAUCUUUAUGGUUCAGAGCCUUAGUGCUAGGGCAUUCAAAUUCUAACAAUACGUUAUUUGCCACAAAUAUGUGAGCACGCGCUUAUAUGCUCGAAAAUCAUGCAUUAUGCUCAUAAGCAGAAAAUUGCACAAGCAGUUAUCAAACUCACGUCACAGAAGUGAGAUAAAGGACAUGUGUGACAACUGAAUGGUAUUAAGUUUUUAGCUAGGGGUGGGUAUUUAUUUUUAAUUGAUAUUUGAGGUUGGGUAAAAAAGUAUUUUGACUUUUUAAUGGUUGUAUCAACAAAAUUUGUACCGCGAAAUAAAUUUCUCUUCAGUCCCCCCCCCCCCCCCAUGAAUAAUGACCGCCCCCUUGGAUUGAGCUGUCGAGUAUAAAUAAAGUUGGUUUAAUUUAGGUUUCCUUCUGUAGUAACACUACAACAAGUUUUUGAUCGAUAGAACUAUCUUGUGUCUUUGAUUUUUUUUACAGUUUGCGAUGUUUGAACUGGCCCAUGACUCGAACAAAAUGGAGCGACUACAAUCUAUCGUCAACAAAACCAAAGACAGGGGCAUUGACAUUGAAGAUUUUCUUAAAGAAUUGACACUGGAAUGACACAUAAUUUUAAUCGCGUGGACACUGUGUGGAGAUUUAUUGAGCAAAAACAAUGGAAUAUUUUUGAAUGCUGACCAAAGAGUGUUGCAAAAAAUCCGAGCAAAUCGAAAUCGAAAGAUGAAGAAACAAUUUUUCUGGCUUUUGAAGUAAAAUUGCAGCGGAGUGAACCGAAAGCGUUUUUUUGAAAUUUCCGAAAAUGACAUAAGCAUCGAAUCCAUAAUUAUGCUUCGUUUUUAAAGUGGUAAGUAUACCCUUUGAUGUUUCCCAAAUCAAAAAAUUACGUCUGGAAAUUUUUUAUAUUAAAUUUCUUCUCAUUUUUCUGGGGAACAUAGGAUUUGAAUCUAAGAGAGAUAUGACUCUAUGUUUUCAAGUGUUUGUCCGAAGGACAUAAUUACAUUAAUUGGGAGACAGAUUUCAGACUUGAGAGAUAUGUAUUAUAUUGUAUGUAAUUAUAUUGUCGGAGGAAACUAUAAAAAGUUCUAUUUAAUAUAUUCAUUUGAUAUAUAUUUUUGGGUAUAUAAAUAUUUUAUUGACGAAUUUUGUAAUAAAUUUAAGAUUUUGUGGGAUUUUUAUUUUAGUUAAUUUUAUAGUUCAAAAGCAUCAGUCAAAAUUUAUCUCUUGAAAUUUUACAGUUUUGAUCAAUCUUUUACCAAUCAAUAUAUAUCUAUUUAUGAUUACUAAUUAUCGAUUAUAUCUUAAAUCACUGAUUAAUCAAUAAGUUAAUCAAUAAGAUGAUUAUCUUGUAAUUAUAAUUAAUCAAUCCAUACAUUCAGUCAUUCCUCUAUUGACGAGUCAGUAUGACUUUACCAAAAAUCACUGGUUUCUCCAUUAAGAGAUGAAUAUUAGGAGAUGAUCCUUACUGGAUCUCUAGGAAGAACAGUUUAGAACUGAUAGAAAUAUCCAGUAUAAAUAAAGUUAGUUUAGUUUAGGUUUCCUCCUCUAGUAACACUGGAUCAACAAGAGAUGACUCCUAUACUGCACCUCUAGGAAGAACAGUUUGGAACUGAUAAAUAAAAUUAGUUUAGUUUACCCUCCCCUUCCCGCUAACCGUUGCUUUUCAGCGAAAACUGUUGCUUAACAAAGAUGACAGAAAAAUUAAUGGUCGCGCAUGUCCAACUUGGGAAAACAGUUCAGUAAUCUGUGUUACCAACCUUACAUUAUCUGCUUAACCGAAUACAUCUAUUUAUGGAAACAUUACAUCAAAAUUAUUCAUCAAACGACAAUAUAAACUCUUGGCUUGCGGACUGAAAGUUUUACGGAAUAAGUCGAUGAAUUAUAAUGCUGUUCUGCAACUGUUGAACUAAAGACAGCAGCUGAAUAUUGUCAUUCUUUUAUGGAGGGAACUUCACCAUUACAAAAUCCAAUGUAUGUCUAAAAGACAUGAAAGCACUGGACAUGAAAAAGAACAUUAAAGUGAUGCUAUUCAUUAUUUCGAAUGCAUGGCAGAACUUUGUCGAGACUUUUAUUUAUUGGAAUAAAAUUUCAUUAAAUGUUUUUGUAAAUAUGCGUAGUUUUUUUUUAUUAAAUAUUUUUAAAUUCAAAUUGUGUUGUUUUUGUGUUGCAAUA